UGGUGCAAUUAACAGCUGAAUUUUUUUCUUGCUCUCUUCACUCUACCACAAGACCCAGUGCUACCCUUACAAAUGUGCUGUACCAGGAUUGCUUCCUAGGGCAGUGGGAGCAGAACCAGCAGCACCCAGCUGGAAACCCAGUUGUUUCCAGUGCAGCAGAUAAUUCAGUUGUGCUACUGACAAGUGAUGAUGAAGAGGAACCAAGAGAUAAUGAUGGCACACGGCCAGCAGCUCCUGUUACCUCUCCAACUUGGAUAGAUGACUACUCAGAGCUUCUUGAAGGGUAUGAACAACAAAGGAGAAAUCUUACACCAAGAAGCCAGCAACUGUUGGACAGCCCUGUACUGCGCAGUUAUGAUGAAUAUGAAACAGCAGAUGAUGUGACUGACGUAGAGUCUGAAGUGACUGACGUAGAAUCUGAAGUGACUGACGUAGAAUCUGAAGUGACUGAUGUAGAAUCUGAAGUGACUGACGUAGAAUCUGAAGUGACUGAUGUAGAAUCUGAAGUGACUGACGUAGAAUCUGAAGUGACUGAUGUAGAAUCUGAAGUGACUGACGUAGAAUCUGAAGUGACUGACGUAGAGUCUGAAGUGACUGACGUAGAAUCUGAAGUGAUUGACAUAGAGUAUGGAGCGGCUGACAUGGAGUAUGGAGCAGCUGACAUACAGUAUGAAGCAGCUUAUGUAGAGCCUGAAGUACGGAGAUCACUGGACGAGGAACUGGCAAUUUCAGAGGAAUGGCAACGAGCUGUAAGGUGCCCGAUCUGCAUGGAUUUUUUUUCACAGAUUAUACGAAGUGUCCGACAGGUUGUGUCAACCCAGUGUGGCCAUCUCUUCUGCAGUCGGUGCAUCGCUGUUGCCCUUGAGAAUUCCAGGGCUUGCCCAACCUGCAGAACAGAACUCCCUCCCAGAGACUAUCAUCCCGUUUAUUUCUGAGUACUUCUGUUUCUCAGGACAGAAGUAUCCCCCCCAAU